AUGAACAAGGAACGUAUAGAAUCCAAACAGAAUGUUAAGUCCCUUCUCAGUAUUCCGGAUGAUGUGUGUCUCCGGAUAUUUCGAUAUUUAUCACCAUUUGAACUCGCUCAGAUUCAAUUGUUAAAUAAACGAUUGAAUAAUCUAAGUAAUCAAGCGUUAUGGCAUUCCAUAUACGUUUAUCAUAGAGGUAAUGAUUUCCAUACUGGGAUGUAUUGGUUUAAUUAUACAUGGAUGCACUUGGAUGCAUUCUUACAUUUUUCGAGAUCUAGAAAACUCAAGAAACAAUUUAUGAAAAGAUUAAUAUUCUGCAACGAUAGUUUUAUGGCUGUAGGAUGGAUAGAGUGGUUAGAGAAGGAACUUCGUGGAUGUGAUAUAACCUUUUCGGAGGUCGCUAAUCUAGAAUCGAUAUUGAGGAUGAGAUCACGAAAUUGCGAUAAGCUUGGGCUUCUCUACAUUCCGACUAGUCUGAAUUUUUCAACUGAUAAUAUCCAUUUAAUCCGAAGUCUAAGGAUAAAAUCAGCAUCUCAAGAAUUUUGCGAAACUUGGUUACCACAAUUCACCCUGUUGAAGUCCCUUCAUCUUGAAGAGCCUAUCUAUUUUAGAUUGAAAAAGAAACUCCGCUUGACUAGUCUCUUUCUAGGAAAUCCAGAGGAUAAUGAUGAUAUAACACUGAUUAUAACUAGCGUUCUCGGAAACGUGGCUUUGCUGGAAUUACGAUCGCUACGGCUUCCGAAGAUUGAUUAUUGGAACGAGAUAAGUCAAGAACUUUUUUCCAUUGAGGAAAUCCAACUUGACAAUGAAAUCGCUCAUUUGCCAUACUACUCUUUAAGAGAGGUUCAUUACUUGAAUGAUGAUAGCGUGAACAUAGACAUGGAUUUCUUAGUCCACCAUCCAAUUACCUAUUUGUCAGUUAAUCCUGGUUAUAACUAUUCUUGCCAGCGAUUUAAUGCCAUAACCACUUUAAAAAAGGUGAAGCUAAAUCAGAAUGAAUUUAUUGUUGUUCGAUCAUCCAGAAAAGUUUCUUAUCGUCCCGUCAGUGUUAAUUACCCACAAAUUUUCAGCUAA